AAGACCUUGAAAAAUAAUUCCUUUAAGGAUGGACAACAAAUUGCAAUACAAGCUGUGCGCACGCAACUUGGAUCUCAUUUCUGACCUGGAGUUCGUGGACAAACUGGUUAAGGACCUUGGAUUGGAGGCGGAACCGCAGGCACGUGGCGUUAUCCUCGACCUCGGUUACACUUUGGCAAGGGACAAACUGGUGGAGGCCAAACGCUUCGCCACGCUGGCGAACCGCUCCAACGUGAGUGCCGAGGAUCUGGAGAUGGCGCAGCUGGAGCGGACCGACGAGGUGAAGGGGGAAUCCGGCCAGCAGGCGCCGAAGGUCCUGGCUCCCAGCCAGGCGUCUCCGCCCAUGCCGAGUACGAGCCGGGGACUAUCGCUACCCACCAGGCGCCACUGUCAGGAGGGCAAGGUGACCGAUCUGAAGGACAAGGGCUUCAAACAGGCUCAACCGAAGCCGAAGACCGGAGUGCCAUCCAAUCCGUUGGCACAUGGUGCUGCCCUUUCGGGUGCUAGCAGCUCUAGCUCUCGUUCGGUCUUACCAGUGGCACUUUUCCUUCCGGAGGACUCUGAAAUACUUUCAACUAAUCCAAGUUCUACUUCCGCUGCUGGUCUACCAGGAGCCGGUCCCCCGGUCUUCAAAAAGCCACGACUCCCGAAGUAGGGUUACCGAGAAUGAGUGUAUUAUGAACAAAGCCCCAUUCUACACGUAAA